GUAGACCUUAACAAACCCCACAACGCCCUCCUCUUUUUCUCCUCUUCGCUUUGGGUUUUCACUUCUCUUUCCAAAUCCUUAAUAUUUUAUCUCUCAUCUGCUCCAAACUUCUUCGGAUGUGUAUGCAUCCACCGGCCCUCUCUCAUUUCUCUUUCUGUAUUUAGAAGUAGUGAAACUGGGGCAAGGUUAUGGCGGCCCCGAGAUCGACCUUGCCCUCGAGGCUGCGGCAACUCCUGUCCGGCGGCGAUGGCAGUUUUGGUCCUUCUGUCAAACUGGACUCGGACCCUCCACCUAAAGUCAAAGCUUUUGUUGACAAAGUUAUACAAUGUCCAUUACAAGAUAUUCAAAUACCUCUCUCUGGUUUUCGUUGGGAGUAUAAUAAGGGGAAUUUUCACCAUUGGAGGCCUCUUUUUCUUCAUUUUGAUACAUAUUUCAAAACGUAUUUGGCUUCUAGGAAUGACCUUCUCUUGUCAGAUAAAAUCUUAGAAGAUGAGUGUCCUUUUCCUAAACAUGCAAUUCUUCAGAUUUUGAGGGUGAUGCAGAUAAUAUUAGAGAAUUGCCAUAACAAGGGUUCUUUUGAUGGCUUGGAGCAUUUCAGGCUCCUACUUGCAUCAGCAGAUCCCGAGGUCCUUAUUGCAACACUGGAAACGCUUUCUGCACUAGUAAAGGUUAAUCCUUCUAAACUUCAUGGUAGUGGAAAGCUGAUUGGUUGCGGGUCAGUGAACAGCUAUCUCCUGUCUUUGGCACAAGGAUGGGGAAGCAAGGAAGAGGGUUUGGGCUUAUAUUCAUGCGUUAUGGCAAAUGAGGCUACCCAAGAUGAUGGGCUGCAUUUGUUUCCAGCAGAUGUGCAAGUUGAUAGUGACAAGUCCCAGUGCCGUGUGGGAUCUACCCUUUAUUUUGAAUUACAUGGAAAUCCCCAAAGUACAGAAGAGAGCAGUACUACUGUUAGCUCUUCUAAUUCAAGAGUUAUACAAAUACCCGAUCUACAUUUGCGGAAGGAAGAUGAUUUAGAACUGAUGAAACAGUGUAUCGAUGAGUUCAAGGUACCUUCUGAACUCCGGUUCUCCCUGUUGACUCGAAUCAGAUAUGCUCGUGCCUUCCGUUCUCCCAGAAUAUGCAGGCUGUAUAGCAGGAUUUGCCUUCUUGCAUUUAUUGUGCUUGUUCAGUCUAGUGAUGCUCACGAGGAACUUUUGUCCUUUUUUGCAAAUGAGCCAGAGUAUACUAAUGAAUUAAUCAGGAUUGUACGUUCUGAGGAAACUGUUUCUGGAAACAUUAGAACACUUGCUAUGCUUGCUUUAGGAGCUCAGUUAGCUGCAUAUUCAGCAUCACAUGAGCGGGCACGAAUUUUGAGUGGAUCUAGUGUCAGUUUUGCUGGGGGUAACCGUAUGAUACUCCUGAAUGUGCUUCAGAAGGCUGUUCUAUCCCUUAAAAACUCCAAUGAUCCUUCUUCUCUUGCUUUCGUUGAAGCACUUCUUCAGUUCUAUUUGCUACAUGUGGUUUCAUCCUCAACUACUGGGAGUAAUAUAAGGGGGUCAGGCAUGGUUCCCACAUUCUUACCACUUCUGGAGGAUUCCGAUCCUACGCAUUUGCACCUUGUCUGCUUUGCUGUGAAAACUCUACAAAAGCUUAUGGAUUACAGCAGUUCAGCCGUUUCUCUUUUUAAGGAGUUGGGAGGAGUAGAACUUCUGGCUCAGAGACUGCAGAUAGAGGUGCAUAGAGUUAUUGGUUCUGAUGUGGUUAAUGAUAAUUCAAUGAUGAUCGGUGAAAGCUCAAGAUGUGGUGAUGAUCAGCUGUACUCCCAAAAAAGACUCAUAAAAGUUUCGUUGAAGGCACUUGGUUCUGCCACAUAUGCUCCAGGGAACUCUUCCAGAUCUCAACAUUCUCAAGAUAGUUCUUUACCUGCUACCUUGUCUCUGAUAUAUGGAAAUGUAAAUAAGUUUGGUGGUGACAUUUAUCACUCUGCAGUAACUGUUAUGAGUGAAAUAAUACACAAAGAUCCAACUUCUUUUUCUUCUUUGCAUGAAAUGGGUCUUCCUGAUGCAUUUAUAUCCUCAGUAGUAGCUGGAAUUCUUCCUUCUUCAAAGGCCCUUACCUGUGUUCCUAAUGGUCUUGGUGCCAUUUGUCUUAAUGCCAAAGGCUUGGAGGCUGUGAAAGAAAGUUUGGCACUACGUUUUCUUGUUGACAUUUUCACUAGCAAGAAGUACAUUGUAUCAAUGAAUGAAGCAAUUGUUCCUUUAGCAAAUGCCGUGGAAGAACUUUUACGCCAUGUAUCUUCACUAAGAAGCACCGGUGUUGAUAUUAUUAUUGAAAUUGUUGAAAAAAUUGCUUCAUUUGCUGACGACAAUAGCAUAGGGUCAUCUGGAAAAGUUAUUGGAAGUACUGCAAUGGAAACGGAUUCUGAGGACAAAGAAAAUGAAGGACCUUGCUGUUUGGUCAAUGCAGUAGAUUCAGCUGCAGAGGGGAUCAGUGAUGAGCAGUUUAUUCAAUUAUCAAUCUUUCAUUUGAUGGUAUUGGUGCAAAGAACGAUGGAGAAUUCUGAAACAUGUAGGUUGUUUGUUGAGAAGUCAGGCAUUGAAGCAUUAUUGAAGCUUCUAUUACGACCUAGUAUUGUCCAGUCAUCUGAUGGAAUGUCUAUUGCUUUACAUAGCACCAUGGUCUUCAAGGGUUUUACGCAACAUCAUUCUGCUGCACUUGCCCGUGCAUUCUGUUCCUCUCUUAGAGACCACCUUAAGAAAGCUUUGACUGGAUUUGAUGUUGCUUCAGGGUCUUUCUUGUUGGAUCCCCGUAUGACACAAGAUGGUGGAAUAUUUUCUUCACUGUUCCUUGUUGAAUUUCUUUUGUUUAUUGCUGCCUCAAAAGACAAUCGCUGGGUGACUGCAUUACUUGCUGAAUUUGGAAGUGGCGGCAAAGAUGUUUUAGAAGAUAUAGGGAGUGUUCAUCAUGAAGUUCUUUGGCAGAUUGCUCUUUUAGAGGAUGCCAAGCCUGAGAUAGAGGAUGGAGGUGCUGAUUCUCCUGCUGAGUCACAACAGUCUGAUUUGAUUACAUAUGAAAGUGAAGAGCAACGAUUUAACUCUUUCAGGCAGUUCCUUGAUCCAUUACUGAGAAGGAGAACAUCAGGUUGGAAUAUUGAAUCUCAGUUUUUUGACCUUAUAAGCCUAUAUCGUGAUUUGGGCCGUGCUACUAGUUCUCAACAAAGAACUAGUGAUGGUUCUUCAAAUAUACGUUUUGGAUCUGGUCAUCAGUUGCAUCAUUCUGGACCUUCAGAUUCUAGUGGACCUCUUAGUAGAAAGGAAUAUGACAAACAGAGAUCCUAUUAUACUUCUUGCUGCGACAUGGUGAGAUCGCUUUCUUUUCACAUUACCCAUUUGUUUCAAGAAUUGGGGAAGGUAAUGUUGCUUCCCUCUCGUCGGCGGGAUGAUAUUGUGAAUGUUUCUCCUUCUUCUAAGGCAGUGGCUUCCUCAUUUGCUGCCAUUGCAUUGGAUCACAUGAAUUUCGGGGGCCAUGUGAAUGCUUCUGGAUCUGAGGUGUCUGUAUCAACAAAGUGCCGCUACUAUGGAAAGGUGAUUGAUUUUAUUGAUGGAAGUCUAUUGGAGAGAACAGAUUCUUGUAAUCCUGUUCUACUAAAUUGCUUGUAUGGACUUGGUGUUGCGCAAUCAGUUUUGACCACAUUCGAAGCUACUAGUCAAUUGCUAUUCACAGUCAAUAGGGCACCAGCAUCUCCAAUGGAAACUGAUGAUGUAAUUUUGAAGCAGGAUGAGAAGGAAGAUACUGACCACUCAUGGAUUUAUGGGCCUUUAGCUAGUUAUGGAAAACUUAUGGACCACCUGGUGACAUCAUCUUUCAUUUUAUCUCCUUUUACAAAGCACCUACUUGUGCAACCCUUGACCAGUGGUGAUGUCCCUUAUCCACGUGAUGCUGAGACUUUUGUGAAGGUCCUCCAAUCCAUGGUGCUGAAAGCAGUGCUUCCUGUUUGGUCUCAUCCACAAUUCAUUGAGUGUAGUUAUGAUUUUAUUACUACAGUCAUUUCUAUCAUAAGGCACAUUUACUCUGGGGUUGAAGUGAAGAGUGUUAAUAGCAAUACCAGUGCUCGUAUUACUGCCCCACCUCCAAAUGAGACAGCUAUUUCAACAAUUGUUGAGAUGGGGUUUUCCAGGUCUAGGGCUGAAGAAGCUUUGAGACAAGUUGGAUCAAAUAGUGUGGAGUUGGCAAUGGAGUGGCUAUUUUCCCACCCGGAAGAGGUCCAAGAAGAUGAUGAACUUGCUCGUGCACUUGCCAUGUCUCUUGGGAACUCCGAUACAGACACUAAGGAAGCUGGUACAAAUGACAGUGUUCGUCAGCUGGAAGAAGAGAUGGUCCAGCUUCCUCCUGUUGAAGAAUUGUUAUCUACAUGCACAAAGCUUUUGCAAAUGAAGGAACCUCUAGCUUUUCCAGUUAGAGAUCUGCUGGCAAUGAUGUGUUCCCAAAAUGAUGGUCAAUAUAGGUCAAAUAUUGUAUCAUUUAUUGUGGACAGAGUAAAGGAGUGUAGUUUGACUGCUGAGGGUGGAAAUGGCACCAUGUUAUCUGCUCUUUUCCAUGUUCUUGCUUUAAUUUUUCAAGAUGAUGUCGUAGCACGAGAAGUUGCCUCAAAGAGUGGUCUGGUAAAUGUUGCCUCAGACCUGCUUUCUCAAUGGGAAUCUGAUUCUGGUUUAGAUAGCAGGUUGAAGUGUCAAGUACCAAAAUGGGUUACAACAGCUUUUCUUUCUAUUGAUCGGCUGUUGCAGGUGGAUCAAAAAUUGAAUUCUGAAAUUGCAGAGCAGUUGAAAAGGGAUGGUAUCGGUGGUCAGCAGGGGUCCAUUAGCAUUGAUGAGGAUAAGCAGAACAAGUGCCAGUCUGCAUUGGGAGUGUCUUCUAAGUAUAUAGAAAUGAAAGAACAGAAACAGUUGAUUGAGAUUGCAUGUGCGUGUAUUAAGAACCAGCUUCCAUCUGAAACAAUGCAUGCUGUUUUGCAACUAUGCUCUACUCUUACCAGAACACAUUCUGUUGCUGUUAGUUUUCUUGAUGCUGGAGGUUUAAGUUUACUGCUAUCAUUGCCGACUAGUAGCCUCUUUCCUGGGUUUGACAAUAUUGCUGCUACAAUCAUUCGUCAUGUCCUGGAAGAUCCUCAAACUCUUCAGCAGGCUAUGGAAUUUGAGAUAAGGCACAGCCUUGUGGCAGCUGCCAACAGGCAUUCAAAUGGAAGAGUUUCUCCCCGCAUUUUUCUAUCAAGUUUAAGUUCUGCCAUUUCCCGUGAUCCAGUGAUUUUUAUGUGUGCAGCUCAGUCUGUUUGCCAAGUGGAAAUGAUUGGUGAAAGGCCUUAUGUUGUAUUAUUAAAGGAUCGUGACAAGGAUAAAAGCAAAGAGAAGGAUAAAUCUGUAGAGAAAGAAAAACCCAUACUUAGUGAUGGGAAGAAUGCUUUGGGUAAUAUAAAUGCAGUGACUUCUGGCAAUGGGCAUGGAAAAGUUAAUGAUUCAAAUAUGAAAAGUGCCAAAGCACAUAGAAAAUAUUGUCAGAGUUUUGUCAAUGUGAUUGAGCUUCUUUUGGAUUCUGUGUGCGCUUAUGUACCUCCCUUGAAAGAUGACAUAGUCACGGAUGUACCCGUUGAUAAUCCAUUAACAACAGACAUGGACAUUGAUAUUGCUGCUGCUAAAGGAAAGGGAAAAGCAAUUGCUACUGCAUCUGAAGAUAAAGAAACCAGUAACAAGGAAGCUUCUGCAUCUCUUGCUAAGGUUGUAUUUGUUCUGAAGCUUCUGACAGAAAUUUUAUUGAUGUAUGCUUCCUCUGCUCAUGUUUUGCUUCGAAGAGAUGCUGAAGUUAGCACAUUUAGGGGCUCCCAUCAAAAGGUUUUGACAGCCAUAUGCUCUGGUGGAAUAUUUCAUCACAUCCUUCUUAAGUUUCUCCCAUAUACUCGUAGUGCAAAAAAGGAAAAAAGAACUGAUGGUGAUUGGAGGCACAAACUAGCAAGCAGAGCUAGUCAAUUUUUAGUGGCAGCAUGUGUUCGUUCUUCAGAGGCAAGGAAAAGGGUUUUUACAGAGAUUGGUCACAUUUUUAAUGACUUUGUUGACUCAGGUAAUGGUUAUAGGCCACCCAACAAUAACAUACAAGCUUUCAUUGAUCUGCUCAAUGAUGUUCUGGCUGCCCGUACUCCUACUGGUUCAUAUAUAUCAGCAGAAGCUGCUGCUACCUUUAUAGAUGUCGGUCUAGUUGGUUCAUUGACCCGAACUCUCAAAGUGUUGGACCUGGAUCAUGCUAACUCACCUAAAGUUGUUACAGGUCUUGUCAAGGCUCUAGAGUUGGUAAGUAAAGAACAUGUCCAUUCUGCCGAUUCUAGUACAGUAAAGAAUGAUAUUAAUGCUAAGCAGCCUGAUGAAAGUCAAUCUGGGAGGGCAGACAACGUUGGCAACUCAUCCCAAUCCAUGGAUACAGUGUCUCAAUCCAUGCAUGAUUCUGUGCCGCCAGAGCACAUUGAGUCUUAUAAUACUGUGCGAUCCUUUGCUGGCUCUGAGGCUGUGACGGAUGAUAUGGAACAUGACCAAGAUCUUGAUGGCGGUUUUGCUCCCACCACUGAGGAUGAUUAUAUGCAUGAAAAUUCUGAGGAUGCCAGGGGUCUUGAAAAUGGCAUUGAUAUAAGGUUUGAAAUUCAACCUCAUGUGCAAGAAAAUCUUGAUGAAGAUGAGGAUGAUGACGACGACGACGAUGAUGAAGAGAUGUCUGGGGAUGAUGGAGAUGAAGUAGAUGAAGAUGAAGAUGAGGAUGAUGAGGAGCAUAAUGACAGGGAAGAUGAAGUCCAUCACCUGCCACAUCCUGACACUGAUCAAGAUGAUCAUGAGAUUGAUGAUGAUGAAUUUGAUGAGGAAGUCUUGGAAGAAGAUGAAGAAGACGACGAGGAUGAUGAAGAUGGAGUUAUACUGCGGCUGGAGGAGGGCAUCAAUGGGAUUAAUGUAUUUGACCAUAUUGAGGUUUUUGGUAGAGAUGACAAUUUUCCCAAUGAAACUCUCCAUGUGAUGCCUGUAGAAGUUUUUGGUUCUAGACGUCAAGGACGUACGACUUCCAUUUACAACCUUUUGGGCAGAACGGGUGAGAAUGCUGUUCCAUCACAACACCCUCUUUUGGUGGGGCCAUCAUUGCACCCAACCCCUCCUAGGCAGUCAGAGCAUGCUCGUGAUGCGCUUACUCCAGAUAGGAAUUUGGACAACACCUCAUCCCAACUUGAUGCAAUUUUUCGAUCACUGAGAAAUGGUCGCCAUGGACACCGCCUGAACUUGUGGAUAGAUGAUCACCAGCAAGGUGGUGGAUCAAAUGCAGGUGUAGUACCCCAAGGCCUUGAGGAGUUGCUUGUUUCCCAAUUAAGGCGACCUACCCUUGACAAGAUACAUCAGGACACAUUAGGGCCUCAAAACAAAGAUGGAGUUCAAUUACAAGAAUCAGAAGGUGGAAGACCUGAGAACUCUGUUGAGAACAGUGUGGAUGAUGAAAGUAGAGAUGUGCCUGCUCCAAGUACUGAUUCUUCAGGAAAUGCUACUGUGAGACCUGCUGCAAGUGAAUCUCUACAAGCAGCAGAUGUGCCUAGUACACAAUCACAAUCUGUUGAGAUGCAGUUUGAACAUAAUGAUGCAGCUGUACGGGAUGUAGAAGCUAUUAGCCAAGAAAGUGGUGGGAGUGGGGCAACUUUAGGGGAGAGUCUUCGUAGCCUUGAUGUUGAAAUUGGAAGUGCUGACGGUCAUGAUGAUGGUGUAGAGAGGCAAGCUGCUUCAGAUAGAACGCUAUUGGGGGAUCCACAUUCAGCUCGUACAAGAAGAACAAAUGUGUCGUUUGGAAACGCAUCAACUGUUAGUGCAAGAGAUGUGUCCCUGCAUAGUGUAACUGAAGUUUCAGAAAAUUCCAUCCGAGAAGCUGAGCAGGAUGGUUUGGCUACAGAGCAGCAAAUAAACAGCAAUGCUGGUUCUGGUGCAAUAGACCCUGCAUUCUUGGAUGCUCUUCCUGAGGAGCUGCGAGCUGAAGUCCUAUCAGCUCAGCAGGCUCAGGUGGCUACUUCUUCCAAUGCUGAACCACAGAGUGCUGGAGAUAUUGAUCCAGAAUUCCUUGCAGCCCUUCCCCCAGACAUUCGAGCAGAAGUUCUUGCACAACAGCAAGCUCAAAGGCUACACCAGUCUCAGGAACUGGAGGGUCAACCUGUUGAAAUGGACACAGUCUCUAUAAUUGCUACAUUUCCUUCUGAUUUACGUGAAGAGGUGCUUUUAACUUCGUCCGAUGCCAUAAUUUCCAAUCUCACACCUGCACUAAUUGCAGAGGCAAACAUGUUGCGUGAAAGAUUUGCCCAUCGUUACAAUCGUACCCUAUUUGGUGUGUAUCCUAGAAACCGUAGAGGUGAAACUUCUAGGCGAGGUGAUGGUAUAGGCUCUAGCCUGGAAAGAAUUGGGGGCAUUGGCCCUCGUAGGACCACAGGAACCAAGGUAGUUGAAGCAGAUGGUGUUCCUUUAGUUGAUACAGAAGCUUUACAUGCAAUGAUACGGUUACUUCGUAUUGUUCAGCCAUUAUACAAAGGCCAGCUGCAAAGGCUUCUGUUGAAUAUAUGUGCUCACAGUGAAACUAGAACUUCUCUUGUGAAAAUUCUUAUGGAUACGCUCAUCUUUGAUACAAGAAAGCCUAUGAAUCUAUUAGCUGAUGUCGAACCACCUUAUCGGCUUUAUGCUUGCCAGACUAAUGUUAUGUAUUCACGUCCUCACUUCUUUGAUGGAGUGCCUCCCUUGGUGUCUCGUCGUGUGCUUGAAACUCUAACUUAUUUAGCCCGACAUCAUCCCUAUGUGGCAAAAAUUUUGCUUCAAUUUCGGUUACCUUUCCCUCUCCCACAAGAAUCUAAAAACAGUGUUGAUAAGAAAUCUGGCAAAGCUGUGAUGGUUGUUGAAGAGAAUUGCCAGAACAAAAAUGAGCACCAGGAUGGAUAUUUGUCCACUGUGUUGCUUUUGAGCCUCUUGAAUCAGCCCCUUUAUUUGAGAAGUAUAUCACAUCUAGAACAGUUACUCAACUUAUUGGAUGUCAUCAUCGAUAAAGCUGAAAGCAAGCAGAGUUUAUCUGUAAAAUCUGAUGCUUCGGUUUCCGAACAACCCUCUGCUCCACAUCUUUUGACUUCAGAUACUGAGAUGAAUGCAGAGUCUGGUGGCACUUCAACUGUUGCUGGUGCAUCAUCUAAGAUUGUUGAUUCUUCCACACCCUCAACUUCUGGUGCAGAUAAUGAAUGUGAUGCUCAAACUGUCCUACUUAAUCUGCCACAAGCAGAGCUUCGGCUUCUAUGCUCCUUGCUUGCUCGAGAAGGAUUAUCAGAUAAUGCAUAUGCUCUUGUAGCUGAGGUGAUGAAAAAGUUGGUGGCAAUUGCUCCUACUCAUUGUAAUCUGUUCAUUACUGAGCUGGCUGAAGCUGUUCAGAAAUUGACCAAAUCUGCUAUGGAUGAGUUGCACUUAUUUGGUGAAGCUGUUAAAGCACUCCUCAGUACCACAUCUUCUGAUGGCACUGCAAUUUUAAGAGUCCUGCAGGCUUUGAGCUCCCUUGUUUCCUCACUGGCUGAGAAAGAUAAAGAGGAGAAAGAGAGAGAUUUACAGGUUGUACAUGUGAAGGAGCAUACUGCUCCUCUUUCUCAGGUAUGGGACAUAAAUGCAGCUUUGGAGCCUUUGUGGGUGGAGUUAAGCACUUGCAUAAGCAAAAUAGAGAGCUAUUCGGAUUCUACCCCUGAUAUGUUAAAUUCAUUAAAAGCUUCUUCAUCUAAACCAUCUGGAGUUGCAUCUCCACUGCCUGCUGGAACUCAUAACAUUUUGCCGUACAUAGAAUCUUUCUUUGUGGUGUGUGAGAAGUUACGUCCUGCAAUGCAAGGUCCUGGUCAUGACUUCAAUAUUUCUGUGGUGUCUGACAUUGAUGAUGCCGGCACAUCUGCCAACCAGCAGAAGGCCUCAGGUUCUACUUUGAAAGUUGAUGAAAAACACAUGGCUUUUGUGAAGUUUUCAGAGAAGCACAGGAAACUGCUUAAUGCUUUUAUUCGGCAGAAUCCUGGUUUGCUUGAGAAAUCUUUUUCCGUGCUACUGAAGGUUCCUCGCUUUAUUGAUUUUGACAACAAGCGCUCUCACUUCAGAUCGAAAAUUAAGCAUCAACAUGACCAUCACCACAGUCCUUUGAGAAUUUCAGUUAGAAGAGCUUAUAUUCUUGAAGAUUCAUAUAACCAAUUGCGCAUGCGAUCAACUCAAGAUUUGAAAGGGAGGUUAACAGUUCACUUUCAAGGAGAGGAAGGUAUUGAUGCUGGUGGACUUACAAGGGAGUGGUACCAGCUGCUUUCUAGAGUCAUUUUUGACAAGGGAGCACUACUAUUCACAACAGUAGGCAAUGAAUCGACAUUUCAGCCCAAUCCCAACUCGGUCUACCAAACAGAGCAUCUUUCAUAUUUCAAGUUUGUUGGACGAGUGGUUGGGAAAGCACUUUUUGAUGGGCAGCUCUUAGAUGUCCAUUUUACACGAUCUUUCUACAAGCAUAUAUUGGGGGUCAAGGUCACUUACCAUGACAUUGAAGCUAUUGAUCCUGAUUACUUUAAAAACCUUAAAUGGAUGCUUGAGAAUGAUAUCAGUGAUGAUCUGAACCUUACUUUCAGCAUUGAUGCUGAUGAAGAAAAGCUGAUUUUGUAUGAAAGGACAGAAGUAACCGACUACGAAUUGAUUCCUGGUGGGCGGAACAUCAAGGUGACAGAAGAAAAUAAGCACCAAUAUGUUGAUUUAGUCGCCGAACAUCGGUUGACAACAGCCAUUCGCCCUCAAAUAAAUGCUUUUAUGGAGGGUUUCAAUGAAUUAAUCCCUCGGGAACUCAUCUCUAUUUUCCAUGACAAAGAAUUGGAACUAUUGAUCAGUGGGCUUCCAGAUAUUGAUUUGGAUGACAUGAGGGCAAAUACUGAAUAUUCUGGAUAUAGUGCUGCGUCUCCUGUUAUACAGUGGUUUUGGGAGGUUGCCCAAGGUUUUAGCAAGGAGGAUAAGGCUCGUCUCUUGCAGUUUGUGACUGGAACCUCAAAGGUUCCUUUGGAAGGUUUUAGUGCACUUCAAGGAAUAUCAGGUUCUCAGAAAUUUCAGAUACACAGAGCAUAUGGAAGUCCUAAUCACUUGCCAUCUGCACAUACUUGUUUCAAUCAGUUGGAUCUACCGGAAUAUCCUUCCAAACAACAUCUGGAGGAGAGGUUGCUUCUCGCGAUUCACGAGGCAAAUGAAGGGUUUGGAUUUGGCUAACGAGUAAUACAGCGAGGGCGUUUCAAAGUAGUGAUAAUUAUAUGUAUAGAUACUGCUAUAAAGCUUAUGGGAAUUGGGUAGCAAAGGUGGGAUAUGAGAUAAUUGAGUUUUGAGUUGAUACAUGUUUAUAAACUGUACAGUCGUUUAUUGGCAAUGGGAAAUGCGUCUGGCAGUUUUUUCAA